AUGGAUUACCUCUCCCAGCCUGGAUUCCUCAGCGUCAUUGCUGGAGUGGCGUGCGGCGUCUGCCUGGGCUGGGGCAUCCGUGGGAGAUUCCUCAGACACCCCAGAGGUGGAAUGACAGCACCUGCCAAGAGUUUGGGAAGUGAAGUUGACAUCAUGGGAGAGUCUGGGGAGUUCAAGAUGGUCCUGGUGGUUCGCAACGACUUGAAGAUGGGGAAGGGGAAGGUGGCGGCACAGUGUGCCCACGCUGCUGUCUCUGCCUACAAGCAAGUUCAGAGGAGGAAUCCUGACCUCCUGAAGCAGUGGGAAUACUGUGGACAGCCUAAGGUGGUCCUCAAAGCUGCUGAUGAAGAGACUCUGGUCCAGCUCCUGGCGGAGGCGAAGCGCCUGGGGCUGACUGUGAGCUUGAUACAGGACGCAGGUCGGACCCAGAUCGCUCCAGGCUCUAGGACAGUCCUUGGGAUUGGACCAGGACCAGCUGAUAUAGUAGAUAAAGUUUCUGGUCACCUUAAACUCUUCUAA